AUGGAUUGGCCGUUAGAAGACCUGCUUAGGGCUAAGGGAGAUAUGGGACUUCUUCAGGGCCAGCUGAGUCAUGCUCUGGCCUGCAGACACUGCAGCAGCAGCAUCUGCCUUCAAAGUCCAGGGAAUCUGGUGAUACUUUUCUUGUUCAUGGUUUGGCAGAUCCGAAGAUGGUGGCAGCUUGUAGGAUGGCAACAGCUUCAGCCCUGGUGCUCUGGAGAUAAAAUGAUACAAGGCAAGGGCCUACAACUUCUGUACCAUUUGGCCUUCCUUGACUACCUGUGGAAGCAAAAAUCAGAGGAAGUGGAAGAUGAGGAAAAGAAGGAAGAAGAAUUAUCACUGGGUCCACUAAAACCGUAUUAUCCUUCCCAGGACACCCCUGUUGGAAAUCGAUUCACUACAGUCCCACCACAGCCAUCCUGUAGUUCUAAGGGCCUCCCCACGGCCACAGAGACACAAGAACAAGUACUCAAACAACCCCCAAGCCCUUCCAGACCCUUCCCUACCUUCCAGAUCCUGACCAACCUACCUGUGAGAAACAAGAUAGCUUCAGGGAGCUCCCUGAAGCAGAAAAAAAGCCAGCUCUUCUGGGGUCUUCCCUCUCUACACAGUGAGUCCUUGGAGACUAUUUUCCUGAGCUCAGAUGGCCCCUCUCCACUAAAGUUGUCUAUUUGUCCCUCUGUCUUCUUCAACAAGGUUCCCUUCCUGCCGGUGUACAACCUGUUGCUUCCCUAUUGUCACUCCUCAGCUUUCUCUCCUACCCCUGAAGCCCAUGCUUUGGGAGAUCUGGAAGAAAUAGCUCCCGGUUCUCAGCUAGUUCAAUCUCCACCUUCCCCUCCUAUCUCGCCAGUAUCCUCCAAUCUUAAGCCUUUGCUCAAGGGCUGUAAGGGGAUCAUAUCCGACACCGAGGCACACACACUGUGGUUUACACAGAACAAAGAGGCUCCUUGUGCCUCUGAGAAACAAACCCUGCACCCUCAGCCUGAACUCCAAACAAUCAGAUCCUCCACAUUCUUACAUUCAUCUGAGACCUGGAGGGAGAUGCCAGGGGACCCUAGCCUCCAUCAACACAAUCCAGAAUCACCUCCUGCCUCUCUGUUGGGUCCUCAGGAAGUCCUAGAUAGGUUUGAGAUGCCAUGGAUAACCAUGGAUCAAAAUGAACACCCAACAGCCUCUGAAGCUGCAAUGCCAACUGCAAGCCCACUCCCAACUUCCCUGACAGAAUGCCAGAGAGCAAACCCCACGGGAGAACUGCCUCAAUCGAAAACUCUCUGGAAAACCACAGUGCAAAAAGAGAACCCUCAGGUCUGUGAACUUCCAAACUCACCUCCUUGCCAACUCACAGUACCCAUGACUGAAGGAACUGGCCCUCCAGGAGCUGCCCCUGGAUAUGAAGCACAGUGGGGAGUCCUAGUACAUAAAGACAUUCCCCAAGCUUUUGAUCCCCUAAUAUCAGCUUCCUGUCAGCCAUCAGGUUCUCUGUCAGAAGUAAAAAAUGUUAACCCCAAAGAAAGACUUUCUGCACCUAAGGACUUCAGGGAAAACACGGGAUACAGAAAGAACCCACCUGUUUCUAAGUCUCCAGUGUCAGUCCCCUACCCUCCUCUAGAUACCCUGUCAGAACACCAAAAAGAGAGUCCCCUAGAGGAUCUGUCUGGAUUUAGGCCUCAAUGGCAAUGCAGAGAAAACUCAGGUAGUCCCUGGGCCUUUGAAACUCCAACCUUGAACUUCAAUGUGGGGUUCAAUGAAACCACCCCUAUGUGUGUCCCAUUGGGAUGUGAGACUCAAUUGAAGGGUACACCUAGUACAGAAAAUCUUUGUGUCUAUGCAGACCUAGUUUCAUCUCCUAGCCUUCCCUCUACCUCUCUUCCAGACUUUACAAUAAUGGGCUCCCAAAGAAUCUUAUUAGAGUCUAAAGCUUCACUGGAGACAAAGGAGCAGACAGAUCAUCUGUGGGUAACUGAAUCCCCAUGUCCCCAUAUACCACCUCUAGUCCCCUUUAUAGAAUCACAAAGAAUCAACACUGUGGAUGACUUCCCUAGAGCAGAAGCUAUAGGGAGUAAUACUGAGGAUACAAGAAAACGCUUGCCUUCUGGGCCUCCAUUUCUGAACCUCAACCCAUCCCCAGCUCUUGCACAGCAACCCCUUAGAGUCAGCCCCAUAGAAAACCCAUUUAAAUCUGAAGCUUGGAGUAGGGACACUCAAAGGGAAAAUAACUCCUUGGCCUCUGAGCUUCCAGCUCAAAGAUUAUCCCAACACUUACUUGGACCCAGCCCCGCAGUAUUGUCUGACUUUGAGUCUGCUAGAGGGUUCAUGAAGCAGAAUGGAAACCACUGUGUUUCUGUAUCCCCGGUCUGGGACCCCAGUCCACAUCCACACUCUGCUUUGAAGUUUCACGUAAGUGAGCCUUCUGGAGACCAGUGUGUGGAGGCCAUGGAUUCAGUAGUAGAGCAGAUGGAUUCCUGGGCCAACCAACUACCAGCCCCCAGCUUCUUCCCUGCUCUGUCACAAGAGCUGCACUCUGAAACUGAGUUUGUACACAGAAAUGUACUAGAAAGAGAAGCCUCCCAGGGUCCCAAUCCUCCAGUACUGAAUCCUCUGCAACCGACAUGCUGGCCUAUCCAGCCUGGCCUCCAGAAGGAAGAGAUGUUCUCAGAAGCCAAGGCAGAGGUCCCCUCCUCCCAGGGUGAGGCUGUCUUAGAGGUGCACGGCCACUCUGUGAUCCAUGCCUGGCAAUGGAGUAGAGAAUUAAAGCUCAGACUGAAGAAAGUACAGCAGAGCCCCACUCUCAAAGACCCAGGUUCACAUCACUCUGCUCGCAGCUCCUCAGUUCUUAACCUAACUCCAGAAUCUUGGGGACUUUCCUCUUGUCCCCAACAGACUCAUGCUCUCAGUCUGCACCCCUGCUCUUCAAGUUGUCAUCCCCCAAAAGUUCAAAGCACAGAGCCCCUCCCUGUCCAGGCCCCUCACUGCUCCCACUCCUCUCAGCCUCAGCUACAAGCUUCUGGCAGAGCAGAACAAGAGUCUCAGAAAAAAAAUAAGAGGAUGAAAUGGAAGGCAACGGACCAAACCCCAUCCCCAGGGCACGGGCAUAUGAAGGCUGCUGAAAACUGUUCAGGAAUGGGAGAGCCCUCAAAUACAAGGGUUCUGGUCUCUGGUAAGACACAAGACAAGACUCCAGUACUACUCUCAACCCAAAAGAGAGGGAGUCCCAAAAAACCCAAAGCAGAGAAACGUGGAAGGACUGCAAGGUUAGAAUCAUCCACUGUGACAAGGGAAAAAAACCCUGCCUGGGCCUGUAGACCAGAAGAGGCCUCUAAAUCGAGGCUUCCUGAAAAGUCUCAGUAUAAAGCUCAGAGUUCUCCACACACUGCUCUUGUUCAGCAGGUUCUCCCAAAUACUACUGGUCCCCGGGAUCGUCAAAGAUCAGGCCCAGUGGCUGGUGAUACCCAGAAUCCUUGCCCUUGUAAGCACUGUCCUUGGAUCCCGAGGAAGAAGCAGGGAUCCUCCACACCCAUCCUCCCAUCCUCCACACCUAAGGGCCCCCCUACCAGAGGUUUCCAAAAGUUAUUAGAUAAGUUUCUAGGUGUCCAUAGACCCCUGCCAACCAAAUCCAGUCUGUAA